UCAUUCAUAUCACAAGUAUGGUUGCUGCGGAAGCAUUGCUAGUUAUUCGGACCUGGGCAUUCUGGCAAAAGAGUAAAAGAUUGCUGAUUGGAAUAUCGGUCUAUGUCGUGUUGUUAAUUGCCGCCAACAUUGCUGUAGACCUCAGUCCUACGGUGUUAAUUCCAGGAGAGGAACCCCCCCUAGGAACUUGUUACUUCGAGAGCCCACGCAGCAGUGCGAUCCAAUACAUAUUCUUGGCGAUGUUCGAAAGCAUGAUACUGACCCUUACUGUAUAUAAAAGGUUUCACGACUAUAAAAACUUUCAGAGCGGAAUUGUAGUAACCCUGUACCACGAUGACGUGUUUUACACGCUGUGCAUCCUCGCCGUCACAUUCGCCAAUGUCAUCACAGGAGCUGCACUUCCAAGCGCCUAUAGCAAUAUGUUCGACACGCUACAGGUGGUCAGUCACAGCGUUCUGGCAUCACGAAUUCUAUUCCGUCUUCGACAUAGCAACGAACGUGUCCGCGAACCGUCCACAUCAGUAGCGAUGGUGGAAUUUACAGAUUAUUUACCACCUCCGUCAAUGUCGAUGAGUGGGACGGCUACUACCAGUCAAGUUUGAAGAAACUUAAGUGUGCGGAACCAUCGGCCUCUGUUACAGUGAGAAACUUCUGCUCUUAUCUAAUGUACAACUCAAUUGUGAUAUCAUGAGCCAAUGAUACUGCGAGACCUUAGGACUGAGGGGAUGAACAAAAUGGUGAUUCGUUCCCUUGUUUCCUCCGAGCCUGGCUGCGGUGUCUAUUCUUAUGCGAUGUGACGAUAACUCUGCAUCAUGUACUUCCGCAAACCUCGUCUUGAAAUCAAUAACGCAUGACCUAUCA